AUGGACACGGUCGCAGCCACCAGUGCAGAGGCGCACGACGCGCCCGAAGAGUCGCCAGUGAUCGCCUCCCGCGUGUUACGCAAGGUGGACAGUCGUCUGUUGCCUCUCCUCUUCGUCACUUACCUGCUCAACUUUAUGGAUAAAACUAUCCUGUCGAGUGCAUCUGUGUUUGGAUUGAUUGAAGAUACCCAUUUGGUCGGCCAGCAGUACAGCUGGGUGUCCAGCAUCUUCUACUUUGGAUAUUUCUUCUGGGAAUGGCCAACCAACGUGUUGAUACCCCGGGUGCCCGUCGCCAAAUACCUCUCCAUCAAUACCUGGUUCUGGGGUGCCGUAGUAGCCCUCACGGCCGCCUGUACCAACUACGGCGGUUUGCUGACCGUGCGAUUCCUUCUCGGGGUGGCGGAGGCCACCAUCACGCCGGCCUUCAUGUUCCUCACCUCGACCUGGUACACCCGCGAUGAGAUUCCCUUCCGCACGGGCAUCUGGUUCUCGGGCAACUCGGUCGGCGGGCUCGUCGCCAGUCUGCUCGCCUAUGGCAUUGGCCACAUUGACCACCCCCUGCAUCCCUGGAUGUGGAUGUUCAUCAUCCUCGGCGUAGCCACUUUUCUGUGGGGAUUUGUCCUCUUCGCCUUCCUCCCGGAUAGCAUCUCCACUGCCACGUUCCUCACCCCGGAGGAACGAGAGUUCAUGGCGCAUCGUGCCGUGAUCGCAGGUACCGGUCGGACAGAGAAAACCACCUGGAAAUGGGCGCAAUUUGUCGAAUGCCUCUGCGACCCGAAGACGUGGCAUCUCUUCGCCCUGGCAGUGCUGACCCAGAUCCCCAACGGCGGCACACAAAACUUCGGCAACCUCGUCAUCAAAUCCUUCGGCUUCACCUCCCUGCAAUCCACCCUGAUCGUCAUCCCUGCCAGUGUGAUCAGUGCUGGCACCAUCGCGCUCACCGGCUGGCUGGCCGGUCGGUCCCACCACUGGAACUGCCUGCUGAUCGUGUGUAUCGUCGCACUGUCCAUCACCGGUAGUGCCAUCAUCUACGCCCGCGCCCACCAUGUGCCCCUCGGCGCCCAGCUCUUCGGCUACUUUCUGCUGUCCACGGGUCCCGGUGCCCUCCCGCUUAUCAUGUCCCUCCUACAGGCGAAUUACCGUGGUGUCACCAAGAAAAUGACCAUCACUUCCAUGAUGUUCAUCGCUUACUGUGCGGGCAAUAUUGCUGGGCCGCAGUUUUUCAAAUCAAGUGAGGCGCCCCUGUAUCAGACCUCGUUUCGAGCCAUCCUUAUCUGCUAUAUUAUAUCUGCGGUGUUGGCGGUGUCCCUGCGAUGCUACUUGCAGUGGUUUAAUCGGAAGCGCGAUCGCGAGGAGGGUGUCCAGGGGACGGCGACACUGGCGGGUGCUGUGGGGGGGAAAGUUGUCAAUGAGCGACAGGACGGUAAUGAUGUGUCGGUGUUGGUGCAGUCGGUCGAGUUGCAGGCGGAAGAUUAUGAAGAUGCGACCGAUUGGAAUACCGUCGGCUUCCGCUAUCGGUUGUAG